AAUUUUCGGUGAUUGAAAUGUACACAUGUGUGUGUCAUGCUAUGCCUAGUAUGGUGUCAUGUCACAAGAACUUCGAGCAGUCUGGAAGUAAAUUAUCUGCAAGACAACCAUAAAAGAACGGCAAUUCGUGCACCAUUUUUUGCCAACUUAGGAUAAGAGUAAGAGGAAGAAAGAAAAUUUGUUAUUUUAUACGGUUCCACUACCAGUGGGCUGUUCUCUGACUAAAGUAUAUAGUCAGUCAUAUCAAGAUGGCCUCCUCAGAGAAACUCACAAGGAUUGCCAUCGUCAACAGUGACAAAUGCAAGCCCAAGAAAUGCAGACAAGAAUGCAAGAAGUCAUGUCCAGUUGUCAGAAUGGGUAAACUAUGUAUCGAAGUAGUCCCAACUAGCAAGAUAGCAGCUAUAUCAGAACAACUUUGUAUUGGAUGUGGUAUUUGUGUAAAGAAAUGUCCAUUUGAGGCCAUUCACAUCAUCAAUUUGCCAAGUAAUCUUGAAAAGGAUACAACACACAGAUAUAAUGCAAAUUCAUUUAAGUUACACAGAUUACCCACCCCAAGACCAGGUGAAGUUCUAGGUCUAGUAGGGACUAAUGGAAUUGGCAAGUCAACAGCCCUGAAGAUACUUGCAGGAAAACUCAAACCAAAUCUAGGAAAGUUUGCUUCCCCUCCAGAUUGGCAGGAGAUCUUGCUCUACUUCCGAGGUUCUGAACUCCAGAACUACUUCACCAAGAUCUUAGAGGAUGACCUGAAGGCUAUCAUUAAGCCUCAGUAUGUAGACCAGAUCCCAAAGGCUGUUAAGGGUACCGUUCAACUCUUGUUGGAUAGGAAAGAUGAGACAGACACACAAGAUGUCAUAUGUGAACGACUAGACCUUACGAAAAUCAAGGAUCGCAAAGUAGAGGAGUUAUCUGGAGGAGAGUUACAAAGAUUUGCAUGUGCUGUAGUAUGUAUACAGCAGGCUGAUAUCUACAUGUUUGAUGAACCAUCUAGUUACCUUGAUGUUAAACAACGUCUCAAAGCAGCCCAAGCCAUCAGAUCACUUAUACAUUCUGAUAAGUACAUCAUUGUAGUGGAGCACGAUUUAUCAGUGUUAGAUUAUCUCUCUGAUUUCAUCUGUUGUCUCUACGGUGUUCCCAGUGCAUAUGGUGUUGUCACAUUGCCAUUUAGUGUUAGGGAAGGAAUCAACAUAUUCUUGGAUGGCUUUGUUCCGACGGAAAACCUGAGAUUUCGAGAGACGUCACUGGUCUUCAAGGUUUCUGAGAAUGCAGAAGAGGAAGAGAUCAAGAGGAUGCGUCGAUACCAGUACCCAGGAAUGAGCAAAACAUUAAAGUCAUUCCACAUGGAUGUUAACCAAGGAGAAUUCACUGAUUCAGAGAUCAUUGUGAUGUUGGGAGAGAAUGGAACGGGGAAGACCACAUUCAUCAGGAUGAUGGCUGGUAUUCUCAAACCAAAUGAUGAAGGUGUGACAGUCCCUCAGCUGAACAUCAGUUACAAGCCACAGAAGAUCAGUCCAAAGUCUCAGGGUACGGUCAGGAUGCUACUCCAUUCCAAGAUAAGAGAUUCCUAUGUUCAUCCACAGUUCAUCUCUGAUGUCAUGAAGCCACUUUCAAUCGAGAGCAUCUUUGACCAAGAGGUUCAGAACUUAUCCGGUGGUGAAUUGCAGCGUGUAGCCUUAACUCUAUGCCUUGGUCAACCAGCUGAUGUCUAUCUCAUUGACGAACCAUCUGCCUAUCUUGACUCAGAGCAGCGUCUCGUUGCCGCUAAAGUCAUCAAAAGGUUCAUCCUCCAUGCGAAGAAGACAGGAUUCGUAGUGGAACACGACUUCAUCAUGGCUACCUACCUGGCUGACCGAGUCAUAGUGUUUGAUGGCAUGCCAUCUAUCAAGACCAGAGCUAACACGCCACAGUCUUUGCUUGUCGGUAUGAACAAGUUCCUCAAGUCACUCGAUAUCACCUUCCGCAGAGAUCCAACAAACUUCCGACCUCGCAUCAACAAGCUCAACUCUGUCAAGGACACAGAGCAGAAGAAGACAGGCAACUUCUUCUUCCUUGAAGAUUAAACACUCAAUCUAGCUCAUUAUAAAGUCUCAUCUACAUGGAAGCCGCAAGGCCCCUUGAUUCCUUUGGAAUAAGCCAGUUUGGGGUUAAUACUUGUCUGCAAUGACCUUGAAAUUGAUCAGAUAUUUCAAAACACAGAGAGAUUCAUUGUUUGCACUUAAAGUAAUGUAUCCUGAAGUGAAAAGGAUGUCUAAUGAACAGCUUUAAUUCCCUUUAGAAUUAAAUUAUUGCAACACUUUGGUAUCAUGGAAUACACUGAGUGAACAAUGAUAUGAUAUUCCCAAUUGGUCAGGAAUCUGAAGUUCAUCUCUGAAUGUGUAGAGGUAAUUUAUUCCAUUAGCUGCCUUUUGAAUUCAAUAAGCCACAAUGAUUGGAAUCCAGUCCAUGCAUAUUGCAUUGUAAGCAAUCUUCUUGUGGUUUUGAUGUCAUUGGGGUUUAGAUUUGGUCUGGUAUCUACAGAAUUAUGUUCAGAUUAUAUCUAUGAAUUGGCUUAUUCUUUGAGGAAUGUCCUUGAAGUCUAAUAGGGAGAUUAUCUUAUCUCUUUGUUAGUACAUAUUAAGUCAUGCAAGUCAUUAUCAGGUGCGUUCUCCUUGCAACGUCUCAUUCUGAUUAAGAGUUAUUUUGAUUUAUUCUACUUUGUGAAUAGGACUUCUUCUUUUUUGCUCAUUUUAAAUGAUUUAUUUAUCUGUCCUUUAAUCCUUUUGCUUCAUCUAUAACCUAGGUCUCCACUGUUUAAAGAGAAAAAAUGAUCCCAUUCUCUUUGGGUUCAUCUCUACAGGUAUUUUAUUGUAGGUUUAGAGGACCUUUUACACAUCUUUGUCAUGUACAGACAUCCCUAAGGGAUGUGUUUUAAAUUGAAUUCAUGGUUUUGUUUAAAGGGCCACAUCCUGUACCUAGGGGAUUGCACAAACAGAGGCUAAUUAAAUUCAAAGCCCAGUAUAUUACAAGGUUUAUUGCAGUCAUGUUGCCUUCUUUUAAUCACUGUAUUUACGAUAAGAAUGAAUUAACAGUUCAGUACAUCAUUGAUACUUUGUACUACUGGUACAGAAAUUAUGUUGUUUUUCCAAGAAAAUGUCAGUUCUCUGAUUAUUUAUAGAUCUGUUCGUGUUUGUGCCUCAUUUUAACAGCGAAAGACCUGUUUAUGCGGUGAUUAAAAUCUUCAGCAUAUGUCCAUGUUAUGUCAAGAAACAAUUUUCAAUUUACUAAGUGUGCAGGCCAUGUUUCAUAAAUGUGUUAUCAGUGGGUGUUAUAAGCUCCUGUUAGAAGCCACUAAAUGGUGCCAUUUGAUCAUUUGGUUGAAGAACAAAGUUGUAAAUUUCUAACAUUUUUUGAAGGACAAGUCCACCCCAAUAAAAAGUUGGUUUGAAUAAAAGGAGAAAAAUCCAACAAACACAACACUGAAAAUUUCAUCAAAAUCGGUUGUAAAAUAAAAAAGUUAUGAUAUUUUAAAGUUUUGCUUAAUUUCACAAAACAGUUAUAUGCACAUCCUGGUCGGUAUGCAAAUGAGCAGACAGAUGACGUCACCCACUCACUAUUUCUUUUGUAUUUUAUUAUAUGAAAUAUGAAAAAUUCGAAUUUUCUCCUCAUUGUCAUGUGGAACAACUUUUUAUUCCUCUCUGAACAUGUGCAAUUACCAUUAUUUUAACAGUUUGUGGUUGAAUCAAGUUGGUCCCAAUUGUCAAAUCUGUAAAAAUUGAAAUAUUGUAUAAUUCAAACAAUAAAAAGCAAAAGAAAUAGUGAGUGACAUCAUCGACUCUCAUUUGCAUAUCAAUGAGUUGUGCAUAUAACUGUUUUGUGAGAAAUAAGCAAAACUUUAAAAUGUCAUAACUUUCUUAUUUUACAUCCGAUUUUGAUGAAAUUUUCAGUUUUAUGUUCGUUUGGUGGACUUGACCUUUAAUCGGCAACAAGUUUUGUAAUACAGGGAAAAUAAAUAUACGUGAAAAAAAGCUCCUUAUGAAGGCCACUUUCUUUUACAUCGCCCCCAUACCGAGAUAGUUAAUUUAUGCUACUCUUGUAUUGGUUUUAUUCAACUUCCAUUUUUUGGAAGGGAUUUGCCUCAAGAAAAUGACAAGUACAUUUGGAAUGACCUGUAGUCUAUUAUAACAAUUUCUUUGUCAUGGGACUCUUACUGUAUAGAACUAUCAGUGCACACAUAUUUAACUUAAUAAUUAUAAUUUAUAAAGUGCCAUGGCAAAUGUUGAAUGUAUUUCCUUGAAUAUUUUAUCUUUUUUUUGUGUGCAUGUAUUAUAAUUAAAAUGCAAACUAUGCAUUGCUCUGUAAGAAUACAAUAGAAGUAUUGUAUUGUAAUUGAAGUUCAGACAGAAACAGAUGUUGUAUAUGGGACUUUGAUUCUAGUGGCAUUAUUAGCUGCCUUUGUCUUCUGAUCAUGUGGGCAGAAUCAGAUUUUAUUUUAUAAACAUCUGAAAAUUACUUGAAAACAGGUUCAAAUGUCCAUUUUUUAAUGUUGAAAAUGGUACGACUUUAUAUAUAUAAUAAUCAUAGAACUCUUUGUCUAUUCUGAUUAAAAUGUGUGCAUGAAAUGAAGAAA